GAUAUAAAACGUGUAGUUGGCCGGUUUCGCGGUACUUGCGCGCAAGGUCAGGCCGCACCGAGUCAUUGCUCCGGCGGAGCCCCGUCUAGUGGCAGUGUGCACCCAGCCUUACCUGCAUCCAGAUAAUCAGAUAAAAUGAUACCGAGGCAUAUUUUGUUGGUAUGCGUACUCUGCGUGACCGCCAAAGCCAUGGCCAGCAGUGACGAUAAAUUUAUCAAAAAGUAUGCCAUGAUGAAGAUUUAUGAAAGUUGUUUUGGGAAUGAAGUCGUCAAACAAAUUCGUCAAGAAAUGAAAGAUGCGUAUGCAAAAUGCUCUGCACCGCCAUCUUUUGAGAUUCCUCAGAACUCCCAAGUACCGCCUGUAUUAGUUGGAAGACUACCGCCCGGGUUCGCUAUAGACCCAACCACGCAAACCAUAACACGGCCGGGAGAUGGCGCUAAUUUGAACCAGGAGAACGAGCUGCCAAAUAUUCAACAAGAGCCCCAAAAAAAUACACCAGCAACCUUAGGAUUCAGACCGCAAAUGCUAAGAAAUCCGGCCUACCCUCAGCCCGGGCAAGCGAGCGUGCCUCCAUACAUGGUGCCGUCGGCCGCGCCGCAAUACCGCCCGUUCUCCGCCGCCUCGCCCUUCUACCAGUUCCCGUACGGACCCAACAUGUUCUACCCCCAGUACAACCCGUACCAGCAGUUCCAGAGCCAGUACCAACAGGGAUACUACCAGCAGCCCUACUUCGGCUCGCAGAGGAUGUCGCGAGAGAUGGACAUCCGCGACCGCCUAGAACUUCUAUCCCGGCGCGACGCCCCGGGCGCCCCGGGCGCGGGCCGCGUCCGCAACAUCACGUGCGUGAUGCAGGAGCUCGGCUACAUCGACCACAACCUGGAGCCGAACUACGAGAAGAUCACCAGCCGCAUCAGCAACCUGCCCGUGUCGAGCGAGCUGAAGGGGGACAUACAGGACGGGCUGCAGUUCUGUCAGAAGUUCUCGCAAUGCGUGCCGGACAUGAAGCGCAACGUGGCGCCGCUGUCGCAGGAGCUGGUCAAGCCCAUGUUCUUCUUCCGCUGCUACAAGCACAAGAAGCUGGAGGCGUGCAUCAUGAAGGACAUCCGCGAGCGCUUCACCAGCGAGGAGGAGCUCGACACCGACACCGACUUCAGGUCUCUGGGGCGCUCGGCGCGGGCGGCACGCGAGGAGCCGGCCCACGACCUGCGCUUCGAGGCUCUGGACGAGAUGGCGGUCUACCUCUACGACUACCUGAGCGGGGGCAGCGGCUUCGACAUCGACUGGAUGUAGGGCAUCAAGGAAUCAACGCAACGCAAAGCCAAGCAACGUAUCGAUACGCUACGCAACUCAACGCAACGUAACUUAUGACAUCUUCAAAAUACAACGCAAUCCCAAGCAAUGCGUAACGAUAAGCUGCGCAACGCAAAGACAUCUUCAAAAUAUCUCAUAAAGCUCAUAAAAGUCAUAAAGUGAAGUUGAUACUGGUCAACCACUUAGGAUGACUGGAGAUGAAACAUUGAAAAGUUACUUGUACCUUGUACUAAGAAUAUUCAAAACAACUUUGUAAAAUGGGUAGGUAAUCUUCUUACACUGCAGGAGGGAGCAGCUAGUUAGCUGUUUCUCGUAUUAGUUUGUAGCUAGGUAUUAAUUUUUUCCUAUAACGGUUUGCUACAUGUAAUUUUUAUCAAAAUAUGUCAGACAAGGUACUUACCUAUAGUAUUUCUAUCUUCGAUUUUGGUAAUCAUAGUGCCUGUACCGAUUUUCAGUGCAAUUAACUUAUGGUAACCAUAAUUUAAACAUAAGAUUUAAAAAUUAAACAUAAGUUUAAUACGCGUAGCAAAAAUCGCGAUAUAAUGACGUUUAUCUACGUCGGUAACGAACCCGUGCAGCGGGUGUAACAGCUGGUACAUCGUGCAGGAUAUAGGUAUGCUACUAUUAUAAAUAGUGCUGAUUGCUGAGGUUACAUAAUUAUUAUAAUGUAAGCAAACCACGGAUCUUGUUCGACCUGCAUCUAGACUUAAUGCGUCUCGAAUGACAUCUUUUAGUUUUAAUGGCAUGAAGGUAUCUAAAAUUUGGUAUGUUAUGUCGAUUUUUUUAAAGGUAAUUAGGCUAGAAAGUUUUUUAUACUCAGUGGAUAUUGCUCCACCAAGUAGUCGACUCGUUGCAUUUAAUUCAUGCAUUUACAAAAAAGAAAUAUUUCAAGUUUACAAGUAAGGUAUGCUAAUUAAGUUAUUUUUAAGGUUCUAAAUUUUGUAAACGAAUGUAUUCGCAGAAAUGACAAUAAAUAUAAAUAAAGUACUUUAAUUGAU